AUGGACUGGCGUAUAGUUAUCAUCGUAAAUGUUUUGGCAAUUAUACCGUUAAUUUAUGGAUUACAAUCAAUUCAAACAAUUUUAUCUACUACUGAUCGAAUGGCACCGCAUCGAGUUGAUCGUCAAACCACUGAUGACCCACUUGGCUUCUCAAUCAACCUUAUGCAAAAGAUCUCCCGUAUCGUUAACAGUAUCUACUUGGCAACGGAAUUAACUGCUGGAACUGCAAAGAUUUAUGACCUGAUUGCGGAAUUCUUCAAUUUUGGACCCGAUUCUUUCAACCAAUUGCAAUCGAUUGAUAUGAAGCAGCUGAAAUCAGGACUCGAGUCUAUUGUGAGCAUCCACUCUGAGUUGACGUACACUGAUAUUGACAAGAGAGCUGAACAACGAUUCCGGCAUUUGAUUGAGAUAAGGAAAGAAGUUGAGGGUGUUGGAAGCUUGGAAGAUAUUAAAGAUGCACAAGCUAACUACAAAAGUGAAUUGGAGGCGUUCAAGAAGGCGACAUUCGACACAUCCGGCAUUGAGGAAGUCUUAAGUGCAGUUAAAAACAUUAAUGGAGCAGCUGCAAAUAUUGAGAAGUAUUCACACAUAAAGGAGCUGGACGGUGGAGACAGAGGUCGUGCUCAAGGAGAUAUUUUCGAUUUAAAAAAGUUUAUCAGUACUUUAAAAAAAAGUAGUUUCAAAGGUGAACGAUUUCGAUAACUUUGAGAAGAUAAGGAACCCGAGUGAAUUCGUCGAUUCAAUUUCCAAAAUCGUGUCAGGCUUCAAGAAGUAUAAUGCUAACCGGACUGCAAUCGUGCAAGACGAAAAUUUUAACGAAGAGAUUCAGGCAAAUGAAAACAAUGUCAAAAAACUGAAAAAUGCGACAUCUGUUUUUCAAAGGUUAGGAUCAUUUGUCAAGAAUCUGCAAGAUGUCAUCGAUGCUCGCGGGACUAAGCAUCCUCAUAAAUACACUAUUGGAUUUAUCGAUGGUACUUUUGAUCCGAAGAAGGUUGCUGCUGAUCUGGAAGACGACUGGGUUCAAAGUGUCACACAUGAGAUGGAUUUGAACACAACUAUCGGUUUAUUGCUCCCAGUUGCUGAUUACGUCUCCGCAAUCGAAUCAUCUUUCAAAUUGAGUCCAUCUAAACAAUCGAAGUUCCUCACAGGCUUUAAAAGUUCAGAGGCUGAACUUUCCCCGGUCGUCAGCAAAGUUGAUUCAAUACUGAGAACAAGUAAGCAAGUUAGUAAGUGCAUCACAAUUCCUCUGUUGAAAAUUAAAAACAUGGAAGAAGUUGAGAAACUUCUUCAAACCAUUGAUUCCUUGAAGAAGACAGUUGAUACACUUGUUAGAACUAAUGAGCUCGUGAACUGGGUGAAAGCAAAUGAUGCUGUUUUGGAAGAGGUAGAAGCUUUAUGUUCGUUUACUGAAGAAGAAGAUAACAACCCCAAAAGUUCAGUUCCCAUCAAACUGAAAAGCCUGAACUCAUCGAAAAACUAUGCCUUGCUCGUGAAAACAUUAAAUCAAUCGUCUCUAUUUGCUGACGCGGAGUUUUCCGAAAAGUUGACAACCACGGGCCAACAAGCUACAGACAUAAUUGAAGGACUUCAGUCUUUGGAUGCCUUCUACUCUUCGGUGACCAAUCACAUGACUUUCUUCGAAUGUUUGCUGAAUGUUGCCGAUUAUGAUUUGAUUCCCCUCGCCAUUGCUACACUCAACAAGGUUCGGAAGAUGGAUGUUCAGCCGAUUCGAGAUGGAAUUGAUGUUGUCAAUGAUCUGUUCAAUGUAUCAAGUCAACUUGCAGAACUGAAAACGAAGCUGGGUGAGCUGAAAGAUCCUAACUUUUCAAUCGCAGAAACUCCGUUGUCGAAUCCUUCCCUUCAUACUACAGCAAUUGGACUGUCGGUUAGAGGUAUUGGAAGGAUGAAAGACGAGAUUGCUCAUGGAUCAGAUUUUGAUAUGGUGAUUGAGAAUGCUGAGAUGGUGGAUCAAGAGAUGAAAAAGACUGGAAAGAAGGCAAUUAAUAUGGUGGAGUUUGGAGCACGACUGAAGAAGUUGAAGACAGAGUUGGAGAUUUGGAAGAGUAACAUCACAGUCGGAGGACCACAUCGCAUUCGACGAAGCACGACAUCACUUGCAGACUAUGCACACAUCUUUCAAAAUGCUUUGAAAGUCGGUGGAGUUGAUGAUGAUCUGAAGAAGUUGAUGGAUGCAGUUGAGGAUCUCGAGAAUAGUGUGACAGAUGGUGCAACGAAGGUCAAACUGAAGGAGGUGAAAGCAUCUCUCAGCUCUCUGGACUCCAUUGGUCUGCAACUUUCUAGCUUUGCCACUCCAUUUAUUGCAAUUGGGCAGUCGUUUACUGAACUUGAUGCAUUCUUUGUCAGCAAUCGAAAGAUCAUCACUACAACUGCUCCGAUUGUUUCUAGUUCUGACGCUUCUCAAGGAGGACAGAAAGCUUCUGGCGGAUCGAUGACUGUGCAGCCAUAUCAGAAUGUAUCUGGUACAACUACUGCAGAACCUAUGCACGAGUCAACAAAUUUGAUAAUGUUCAUUGGAAUCGGAUGUGGAAUUGUCCUGGUGUCAGCGUUGAUUUUUGUGGUGGUUUGCUUUUACAAAAGCCAAAAAAAGAAGAGAGAAAUGGAUAAAGAAGCAAACGAUGCUAUGGAAAAGGCUAACAAGGAUAAGGAGGAGAAAAAAGCCAAGGAACUUGCUGCUCAGGCUGCUUAA